AUGUCUGGUAUAAUACAAAUCAACUACCCAGAUCCUGGAUUUUGGACGGCAACUUCUAUGAUUCAAUUAGGGUAUGGAGUUUGGGUGAAUUUAUCAAUGGUGACAAUUGGAUUAGCUUAUGGUUUCUCAGCUGUGGCACUGCCUCAACUAAGCUUACCUGAAUCUUUGGUAAAAGUGACAAUCGCUGAUGAAUCAUGGAUCGGUGAAUGCGCCUUCAAUUUCAUAGUCCGAUGGGAUGGCAACCCCACACAACUGGAGAGAUUAUCAGGACUAACGACUAGGGCCAGUGUCAUAUCUUUAGCUUCCCCAGUUGGUUGUGUUUUGUGCGGUUAUUUAAUAGAUAAAUUUGGGAGACGUACAAUGAUAAUUUACAGUCAACUACCGGUUUGUGUCGGAUGGUUGUAUACUGGUAUUGCGAGCUCUGCCAAACAUAUAAUACUAGGUAGAAUUAUUACUGGCGUGGGUCUUGGAAUGGUGAUGUGCGUUCCUAGAGUUUAUAUGACAGAAGUUUCACUACCGAAUAUGAGGGGUGUGAUAGGAUCCUUCCCAAAUAUCGCUAUGUCUCUUGGUCUUACUAUGCAGGCUGCUUUAGGUUCUAUGUUGAGAUGGCCAACGCUGUGCUACGUAGGCUCUGCCUACACAAUUUCAUUAUUUUUAAUGAACUUUUGUCUUCCUGAAACACCAUAUUAUUUACUUCAAAAAACGUCAAUAGAAGAUGCGCAGGUGUCUCUCAAGAAAUUCCGUUCAAAGAAAUAUAAUAUCGAAGCGGAGAUGGAAGAACUUAUAGAUUUUAAGAACGAGAAUGAUAUUCAUAAGUAA